AUGUAACUGGAUUGCAAAGCUACAGUCUCAACAGUAUCUGAAAUCUUUUUUAUACGGAUUUCACUCUAUUUCAACGAUGACCUAUCUCAAUAUUAAGAGGAUAUCGCUUUUUUGGGAAGAUGAAUUACCGCCUCCCGGCUAUCACCCAUGGAUUGAUGAGCAUGUUCUUUUCUCACCUGACCGGCCUGCAUUUGUGCUCUCCACAUCAGGGACGACAGGUCGACGUAAAGGCGUUGUUCAGACUACUCGCCGUCUCACAGUCAACAACAUGCCCUCUGGAUCAGCUGACGAUACCUUUUUACUCCACUCCCCAAUAUAUCACGGACAGGGCUUCACAGGGUUUCUGUCCGCAGUUCUAAAGGGAAUUCGCGUGGAGGUGCACGAUAAGUCAGCCUUGAGCGGUCGGGCUAUAUGGAAUAGACUCGCUCAAGGGGGCCUGACAAUCCUUAUUGGACCUACUGGCCUGUGGCUACAAUUGAUGGAAUAUUUCGAAGAGCACAUCGCUCGAUUAUCCCCGACAGAACAAGGACCGUACGUUUCAGGGGCAAAAAGUUUACGAUCGGCAAUUUGUGCCGUUACGAUGCCGACAAUCUCGCUCAAGCAGUUCUGGAAGGGAUUACUCGGGGGCACGUCGCUCCAGGUUGCAUAUGGUAGUAUGGAAACUGGUGCCAUAUCAAUCACGCUUCAAUCGCCAGUGUACAAUUUGGAGCGCUCAAUUGGCGAAGCUCAACCCGGUGUCACGAUUAAGUUGUCGGAGGGCGAUCAUGGGGAGAUGCUUGUCAAGACACCUAGUAUGUUUCUGGGUUAUCUUGACCAGUCCGCUCGUGACAUUGUUGAUGAACAAGGAUUCUUUAAAACGGGAGAUAUCGCACAUUUCCAGGAUGGGGAACUCAUUUUAGACGGCCGCGCCAAAACGGACUUUAUAUCUACUAUAAACAGCAAAGUCUCCAUUCUCGAAGUCGAAUUGAGUCUGCAGAGCCUGCCCUAUGUUACGGAAGCCUGCGUGCUCGCAAUACCUGAUGCCGCGGUCAGAUACCGUGUAGGUUGCCUACUACGGAUUCGAAGGGGAGAAUAUGUCAAUUUAGAGCGCAUCAGAGAAGAUCUUUCCUCUCACCUUGAGGCUUAUAAGAUUCCAACCGUGCUCCGUUGUUUAUCUGAUGGAGAGUCAAUCCCACGUACAGGAACCGAGAAAAUUAUACGAUUCCAGACUGCGCGGAAUUAUUUUCCGCAAACGUCGCUCGGGGACACAGGCUCGUUACCGCCAGAUGUAGAGAGUCCAUCAUCAUCGGUGCAGCUUGGUUAAGUGCCAUCUUUAUCGUUUUGCGAUACAAGCCAUGUUAGGACAGGGGCAUGAGGAUCGGUGUGGCUGAUGAUAUAGUCACGUGCGUAUGGUGACAGUAUAUGAUAAUACAGAUUCGGAUUCGGAUUCCGGAUUCAGAUUUACUCAUACGCCAUCCCAGCCACUCAUGAAACCCGUGGCUACGCGGGUAUGUGAUAAUACGACACGUGGUGUCGGCCACUUGAUGAUCCGAGACGGUCCAGAAGAGGAACACAUUUUAUCAUCAAAAGUGCACAAGGCUGUGCGGAAGCCGACGUAAACAUGUCACUGAAGAGACAUCUUGUACAGUAUGACCCGAGCCAGCCUGGUCCCAAUUGUGUGUUUUCACCGAUGGUUUGAGGACAGUGGAACUGUAUAAUGCCAAGACCAAUGCUAGGCCCCUAGGGACUUGAUUAGUUCAUCAGGAAAUUGCGGCUGCAGGCGUCGUACCACGGGCCUGCGUCAUGU